AUGGAACGGCUUUCAACGACGACCUUUAUACCAGAUACAUUUUUAGGUGCCAGAGAUGACUUUUCCAUGCAAAUGGGAGUGCUUUGGAGUAAGAUCAGAGCCCCAUUGAUCGUUCCUCUGCUAAGAAUCACAAUUGUGCUGUGCUUGAUCAUGUCGGUUAUGCUCUUCAUUGAGAGGCUGUACAUGGCCAUUGUCAUUGUUCUGAUAAAGCUUUUUGGACGAAAACCAGAUAAGAGAUACAAUUGGGAGCCCAUGAAAGAUGAUGUUGAGUUGGGAAACUCAGCUUAUCCCAUGGUUCUAGUCCAAAUCCCAAUGUACAAUGAAAGAGAGGUUUAUCAGCUUUCAAUAGGAGCUGCAUGUGGGCUAUCUUGGCCUUCUGAUAGGAUCAUCAUUCAAGUCCUUGAUGAUUCAACAGACUCAACUGUCAAGGACAUGGUGGAGCUAGAGUGCCAAAGAUGGGCAAGCAAAGGCAUAAACAUCAAGUACGAGAUAAGAGACAACAGAAAUGGGUACAAAGCUGGGGCUCUCAAAGAAGGCAUGAAGCGCAGCUACGUUAAACACUGCGAUUAUGUGGCCAUCUUUGACGCUGAUUUCCAACCUGAGUCAGAUUUUCUCUGCCGCACCAUUCCCUUCCUUGUCCACAACCCUGAGCUUGCUCUCGUUCAGACUCGCUGGAAAUUCGUGAACUCAAAUGAGUGCUUGAUGACAAGAAUGCAAGAAAUGUCACUGGAUUAUCAUUUCACAGUUGAGCAAGAAGUGGGCUCCUCCACUCAUGCCUUCUUUGGAUUCAAUGGGACCGCUGGUGUAUGGAGAAUUGCUGCAAUCAAUGAGGCUGGAGGAUGGAAGGACAGAACCACAGUGGAAGAUAUGGAUCUGGCUGUUCGAGCUAGUCUCAAAGGCUGGAAAUUUGUUUAUCUUGGUAGCAUAAAGGUGAAGAAUGAAUUGCCAAGUACUUUCAAGGCCUACCGCUACCAACAGCACAGAUGGUCUUGUGGUCCAGCUAACCUUUUCAGGAAAAUGGUCAUGGAAAUUAUAAGAAACAAGAAAGUAUCACUAUGGAAGAAGAUCCAUGUGAUUUACAGCUUCUUCUUCGUCAGGAAGAUCAUAGCACAUAUCAACGCAUUUGUCUUUUACUGCAUUGUCUUACCGGCAACAGUUUUGGUUCCUGAAGUUGUGGUGCCAAAGUGGGGAGGAAUUUAUAUUCCUUCCAUCAUUACUCUUCUCAAUGCAGUUGGCACUCCAAGGUCACUCCACUUAUUGGUGUUCUGGAUCCUAUUUGAGAACGUCAUGUCACUACACCGUACGAAGGCUACAAUUAUCGGUCUGCUAGAGGCUAGUCGAGUGAAUGAAUGGAUUGUCACUGAGAAACUUGGAGAUGCUCUUAAGACUUUGACAGUAGCCGCAAAAUUACCCAGGAAACCUCGAAUCAGGAUUGGAGAAAGACUUCAUUUGCUAGAGCUUGCUGUUGGAUGUUACCUCUUCUUCUGUGGCACUUAUGACUUUGCCUUUGGGAAAAACUACUUCUACCUUUUCCUUUACAUCCAAGCAAUGGCCUUCUAUAUCAUUGGGUUUGGGUAUGUUGGGACAUUUGUUCCCAACUCUUAG